UAGGAAGGCCGCUGUCACUGCAGACCUGUUAGCGUGUGAUGGAAAGCCUCGUCUGAGGGGAACGUCCUGCAACGAUCUUCCCCUUCGCAGAGAUUAGACCUCUCAGUUUGUCAUGUGUGUUGCUGUCCUGACCCAGAUAAGGAGCUGUCGGCCCACAGAAGCAAAGAGACGCCAACUCAUUCCAGAUAAUGGCGGCAUCGUUCCGGAGGUGAUUCGGGUUUUAAACGUUCGAAAGGACUGGGCCGAGGAGUAAAGCACAUUCCUGAAGGUUUUGAGGGGUUGCUGUCUUAAGCUUACGAAAAACCUGCCUGCUCACACCAUGCCCGUCAAGAUGGCCGCUAGCUUUUCUUGCCCUCACUGGACCGACUUGGGACAAGGAUGUGUGUUGCCAUGGUGAUCAUUUUCAAGAAAACACUGGAAAAGAAGGGCGCCGACGAUGUAACAUCCAAAAGUACAGAUUUGGGCCCGUUCCAGGCACAGACCAUGAGCCAGGGGACUGCACUUUUCUCCUGUGGACUUAUGGAGACGAGCCGGUGGUGUGGACUGGGUCACAGCUGUGCCAUACAGCAGCGGCCAGUUGGGACCAGCCUGGAGAGCCUGUGGGACGUCCUGCCUGAGGUGCACAAGAGUUCUGCCCACUGGGAUUGGGAUGUUGGCUCCACCUCGACCACAAUCACCAGCUUGUUGCAUGACCUCAGCCUGACUGAGGCUGCAACCUCGCACUCCACUGCACCCCCCAGCAAGCGGCAGUGCCGCUCCCUGUCUUGCUCAGAUGAGCUCGGUGGUUGCCGCUCUACCUGGCGCCCUCAGGGUUCUCGUGUGUGGACAACUGUGGAGAAGAGGAGGUGCCACAGUGGAGGCAGCGUCCAGCGCGGCGGUGUGGGGCACGCGCAGCUCGGCUUCCCGGCCAUGCAACGCAGCUCCAGCUUCAGCCUGCCCGCCCGCUCCAACACCCUGGAGCUGCCCUGCUUCAACCAGCAUCUCCCCUCUGCCUUCACCGAUCUGACGCCUUCCUCCUCCAUGACCCUGUCCUCGGCGCAGCCCUUCUACCUCUCUCACGAACAGAUCUGCCUCCCUGAGCUUCGUGGACCCUCCUCACCCAGCUCCCCUGACUCCACGCCAGAGCUGGAGCGCCGUGGCGGACAGGGGGGUCUCGCACGUAGUCGCUCACAGCCGUGCGUCCUCAAUGACAAGAAGAUCGGCGUGAAGCGCAGAAGACCAGCAGACUCGCAGAAACAGAGGCCUUCUUUGGACCUGGCCAAGAUGACCCAGAAACUUCGGAAUUUCCACAGCCUUAGCUGCCCUGGAAUCACAGGCGAAGCCGGCUGCGAGUCAAGCCAGGCCCCGCCCCCUCUCAGGAGCACCGCUCAGGGCGACACCGACGACUCGUCAGCUAACGAACACGGCCCGGAGGACGUUCAGCCUUGGACCAAAGGUGGCGAGAUCACCGGGAACGUGCCGUCUGACCUCACGAUCGAGGAGGUGGACUGGAUGCCGGGGACGACCAAUGGGAAGGACAAUGAGCCUCUGUGGGCGGGGCUGUGUAGCAUGAGGAAGGACGUGUAUCAGCUUGGAGGCGAGCUCGACAUUGAGCAAAUUGAGAGGAACUGAGCUGGACUGUCUUCCUCUCGGGGGGACGCUAAUUUAGAGGCCUGAACGUUUAUCACCAGGUGGUACAGUAAACAGUACUGAUAGUCUUAAGGACAAAGCAAGUGGAAAGCUAAUGCAGUGAGCGAUCCAGCACUUGUUUGUUUGUUUUCUAAAGAGCAACAUUGGGCUGGAGCUCAGUGGGCUGAACACCCAUUUUUGGAGGCUCUGAGUAGUCAGAAGCUUUUCUCACACUGUGCGUUAUCUCAACGGUGUCUCAGGAGAACAAGGAAGCCGAGGAAGGCGUAUUCAGGUGGAGAUAAUAGAACUGAUAAAUAUAAAAAUGAUAUAUUAAUGUUGGCUCAGAGACUAGGGUCUUUAACAUUUCUCUGUAACCCUGAUUACCUUCAUUGUACUACGUUUGGAGAGAAUUCACAGCAGGUUUGUAUAAAUUCUCUGCACUAGAAAGAGUGUCCGUUCCUCUGACGUCCUUCAAUAGUACACGACGGACAGAAAUGAAGACUACUUGGAGAGCGCCGUUAGUAAAGCUGCCUUUCACUCUUACUGAGCAACAAGCUGUAAAGUAUAUUGAAGAGCUUAACAUUUCACACAGUAACAUCAGGCUUCUCUCUGAGAUCUCCCGUUUUGUGUGAGAAACGUUGUGAUGCUAAUAGCGUUAAUAUUCUUUCUUUUUACGAUUUGUAACUACAAAGUUAUGUAAAACAUGAGCAUAUUUCUAUACAAAUAAAACACAGUUUUAAAUGUG